AUGUAAAAUCCAAAUUUCAUGCCCAUUCUCAUUUACACCUAACCUACCGGAUAUCCCCAAUAUUAUCCCAUGUACUAUAUGCCAAUAAUGCCAAACUAUAUGAUACCUCAAUGUCAAACCUCUUAAGAACCUGAAAUGAAUCAUAUAAUCUCAAAAACCAGCGACCAAAGUUCAUUUUCUAACUAAAACUUUGAUCCAAACAACCAAAUAAACUUUUAAUCAAUAAAACAAAAUAAUAAUGAAAUUGCAGUUGAAAAUAUUGAAGAAAUUUAAACUAAUACAGAAUCAAAUAAACCGAAAUAAAAAUCUGGAAAAAAGAAGAUUAACCUCUUACAAAAAUCUACUAAUAUAUAGAAAAACUAUGCAAAAGCAAUCGUCUCUUAUGCUUGCGGACAGAGAGUUCACAUCAUAAACACCUUAGGAAAAAAGAAAGGAAUUGAAUUCCUAAAAAUAAUUAAUCAACUCAAAAACAAGUUAAAAAAUAUAAACCACAUAAAGAACUAUACAUAGAAAGAAUCCUUUUUGAGCAUGUUCAGGAUAUUAGGAAAUAAAUUCUUGAAGAAUGAAGCCGUUAGUUACAUCUAUCACUCCAACAUCCAACAGAAGAGUUGUCAUCUUAAACACCUAAAAAUGAUUGAGCAAAACUUAUUGAAGUGCUGAUCGAGUUAUAUGAUAUAUAUUUAUUGUUUUUAUUUGAUAGUAAUUAAUAUCAAAUA